AUGUCUCUCUUCACCUCUCCCGUCCCGUUCUUCCUCCUCUUCCUCCUCUUCCUCCUCCCACUGCCUCCCUGCCAGCCAGUAUCCCAGCCCAUCGACCCUAGCAGCCUGCCUGAUCGAGCGGCCUCCCCCUCCAUGUUCCCCUCCUCCUUCCCGCCCUCCGUCGCUCAUAGUAACGGCACUUUGCACACCAACAAGUGUAGCGAAGAGACGGUUUGCAGGCCCGGCAUCCUGCUGCCUGUCUGGGAGCCCAACCGGCCCGGCCUCGGCGACCAGGUGGCCAGAGCUGUGGUCUACUUUGUGUCACUCAUGUACAUGUUCCUGGGAGUGUCCAUCAUCGCAGACCGCUUCAUGGCAUCCAUAGAGGUCAUCACAUCACAGGAGAAGGAGGUGACCAUCACUAUGCCUAACGGGGAAACAUCGGUGGCAACGGUACGAAUCUGGAACGAAACUGUGUCCAAUCUUACGCUCAUGGCUCUGGGCUCCAGUGCUCCAGAGAUACUGCUGUCUGUUAUAGAGGUGUGUGGUCACGGCUUCCAUGCUGGCCAGUUGGGACCGGGAACCAUCGUUGGUAGCGCUGCCUUCAACAUGUUUGUGAUCAUCGGUAUCUGCGUGUGGACGAUCCCCAACGGUGAGUCGCGCAAGAUCAAACACCUCCGGGUGUUCUUCAUCACCGCCUUCUGGAGCAUCUUCGCCUACAUCUGGCUCUACCUCAUCCUGUCUGUCAUGACGCCAGGUGUCGUGGAGGUGUGGGAGGCCUUGGUGACCCUGCUCUACUUCCCAGUGUGUGUCAUCCUGGCUUGGAUCGCUGACCGCCGCCUGCUUUUCUACAAGUACAUGGGCAAGCGUUACCGUGCCGACAAACGCCACGGCAUCGUCGUGGAGACAGAGGGAGACUUGACACCUAACAAGGGCGGCAUGGAGAUGAUCAUUGAUGGGAAGUUGCCACCGCGGGGAGGCACCGUGGUCCCUGCUGAGAAUUGCGGGGGUGGAACUCAGGACGGCACAGCAGGUGCAGCAAAUAACAUCGGUGCAGCGGGCGCCAUGGGCAACCUGCCGAACUCCAACAGCGCGAUGGUCGUGGAGAGCAGCAAGGAGUUAGACGAGAGCCGCAAGGAGGUGAUUCGUAUCCUGAAGGAGCUGAAGCAGAAAUAUCCCGACAAAGAGCUGGACCAGCUGGUGGAAUUGGCCAACUACUAUGCGCUGCUGCACCAACAGAAGAGCAGAGCAUUCUAUCGUAUACAGGCAACUCGUAUGAUGAUCGGAGCCGGUAACGUCCUGAAGAAGCAUGCAGCCGACAAUGCUCGCCGCACAGUCGUACCCGACGAGGAAGCGCCGGAAGAAAGCGACCUGGACAUUUGCAGCCGUAUCUCGUUUGAAAGUGCUCACAGUCAGUGCAUGGAGAACUGCGGCAUCCUGACACUUGGUGUAAUCUGCAAAGGCGGUAUGGGAGAGAACACCUUCUAUGUGGACUACAGGACAGAGGACGGUUCAGCCAACGCUGGGUCAGAUUACGAAUACAGCGAAGGAACGCUGGUUUUCAAACCUGGAGAGACUCGUAAAGAGAUUAAGGUUGGUAUAAUCGACGACGACAUCUUCGAAGAGGAUGAGCAUUUCUUUGUGCGUUUGCUGAAUCUGCGUAUUGGCGACGCAGACGGCAUGUUCGAGAGCGACGAGGUGGGUGCUGCCCCUAAAGCCCGCCUGCUCGAGCCCCUGGUCGCCACGGUGACCAUCCUGGAUGAUGACCACGCCGGCAUCUUCACCUUUAGCGAGCGUAUGGUGCGGGUGAGUGAGAGCGUCGGCACCAUGGAGUUGACCGUGGUGCGCAACUCGGGCGCCCGUGGCACCGUCAUCCUGCCAUACCACAGCGAGUCAGGCACUGCCAAGGCCGGAGAGGACUACGAGGACGCCCAAGGAGAGCUGGAGUUCACCAAUGACCAGACCACUCAGACUCUCCAGGUGAGGAUAAUAGACGAUGAAGAGUAUGAAAAACAUGAAAGCUUCUACAUUGUUUUGGAGGAGCCACGCUGGCUAAAGAGAGGAAUCUCAGCUUUACUUCUCAACCAAGACGGGAUGGAGGGGCAGAUGAGCACUGAGGAGGAGGAGGCCAGGAGGAUAGCUGAGAUGGGGAAACCCAUCCUGGGAGAGCACAGUCGCCUGGAGGUCGUCAUCGAAGAGUCUUAUGAGUUCAAGAGCACCGUCGACAAGCUCAUUAAGAAGACCAACUUGGCACUGGUUAUCGGCACACAUUCCUGGAGGGAGCAGUUUGUGGAGGCGGUCACUGUCAGCGCAGGUGAUGGUGAUGAAGACGACGAAGGCCGCGAGGAGCACCUCCCGUCUUGUUACGACUACGUCAUGCACUUCGUCACCGUCUUCUGGAAGGUGCUGUUCGCCUGCGUCCCGCCCACAGAGAUCUGGAACGGCUGGGCCUGCUUCCUCGUCUCCAUCAGCGUCAUUGGCUUGCUCACCGCCUUCAUCGGAGAUCUUGCGUCACACUUCGGCUGCACCGUGGGGCUCCGGGACACCGUCACCGCUGUGGUGUUUGUGGCGUUGGGAACUUCUAUUCCAGACACUUUCGCAAGCAAAGUGUCCGCCAUGCAGGACCAGCACGCUGAUGCAUCGGUUGGAAAUGUCACCGGUAGCAAUGCCGUAAACGUGUUCCUGGGGAUUGGCGUGGCGUGGUCGGUGGCCGCCGUUUACUGGAAAAUCAAAGGAAAAGAGUUCAAAGUGGACCCGGGCUCACUGGCCUUCUCCGUCACACUCUUCACCAUCUUCGCUUUCAUCGCCAUGGGCGUGCUCCUGUUCCGACGCCGGCCCUCCAUCGGCGGAGAGCUCGGCGGCCCGAAAAUGUCCCGCCUUCUGACCACCCUGCUGUUCCUGGGUCUGUGGUUCCUCUACAUCCUCUUCUCCAGCCUGGAGGCCUACUGCCACAUCACCGGCUUUUAA